GCAAGGAAUUGUCUAAAGAGAGUCACAUCAGGAUUCACAUGAGAGUCCACACAAAGGAGAAGCCAUACAACUUUGAUAUUUGCAAUAAGACAUUCCCAUCCAAAAGUGAUCUUGAAAGGCACGAGAGCUGCGAGAUUUGCAACAAUGCAUUCUCAUGUAAAAAAAAUCUGUUGAGGUACAUGAGGACACAUACAAAGGAGAAGCCAUACAGCUAUGAGAUUUGCAAUAAGGCCUUCUCUGAGAUAGGUAACUUAGUAGCGCACAUUAGAGUGCACACCAAGGAGAAACCAUACUGCUGUGAGAUUUGCAACAAGGCCUUCUCAUAUAAAGGUAGUCUAGAGAUUCAUAUGAGAAGGCAUAGAAAGGAGAAGACAUACAGCUGUGAAAUUUGCAAUAAGGCCUUCUAUUUGAAAAGCCAUGUAGUAAGGCAUAUGAGAGUGCAUACAAAAGAGAAGCCAUACAGCUGUGAGAUUUGCAAUAAGGGUUUCUCAGAGAAAUCUAAUUUAGUGAGACAUAUAAGAGUACAUACAAAAGAGAAGCCAUACUGCUGUGAGAUUUGUAAUAAGGCCUUUGCUUUGAAAGGUAAUUUAGUAAGGCACAUGAGAGUACAUACAAAGGAUAAGUCAUGA